AUGAGGGAGACAGUGCAAUCGCAGCAGGGAGGGAAACAGCAAGAGCAGCAGAGGGAGAAACAGGAGGAGCAGCAGGGGGAGAAACAGGAGGAGCAGCAGGGCACGCUAGUGGUGACGAGGGUGGGAGAGGCGGGGAAAGUGAAGUUUCCGUGGAGGAGGGGGAGGAUGGACCCGGUGUUCACAGUAUCACAGGAGUUCAAGCUGGUGGACUGCAACGAGGCAGCGGUGCGAUACAUGAAGUACCGCGACCGCGACGAGAUGCUGCAGCGCUUCGACCUCAUGAAGCUCUCCCCCGAGUUCCAGCCGGACGGGCGGCGCUCCAUCGACGUGCAGAUGGAGAACCAUGCGCGCAUGCUGCGAGGCGAGGUCGUCAUCUUCGAGUGGCAGACGCUCGCGUCCGAUGGCGAGCCCUUCUUGGUGCUCGUUACUGUCAGGGAGAUAGUGAUCGACGGGGCGAAGCACCUGCUGUCCAUCUGGCACGACAUGUCUGAGAUGAAGCGCAAGGAGGAGGAGCUGAAGGCGGCCAAGGAGGCGGCAGAAGCGGCAAACGAGGCGAAGAACCGGUUCCUGGCGAACAUGAGCCAUGAGCUGCGCACCCCCAUGAAUGGCGUCAUCGGCGUCGCCGAGCUGCUCCUCCGCACCCCUCUUACCGAGGAGCAGAGCAUGUACCUGGACGUCAUCUGCUCCUCGGGAAACGCCCUCAUGCAUAUCAUAUCGGAUGUGCUCGAUAUUACUAAAAUCGAGACGCACUCGCUCGUGGUUGACGCGUACCCGUUUGAUCUGCACGUGACGAUCGAGCAGGCGCUGAGUGCGAUUCGGGUGGCGGCGAACAGCAAGCAGCUGGGGCUGCAUGUGAGCGUGUGCGAGCAGCUGCCCGUGAUGGUGAUAGGGGAUCAGUUCCGCGUGAGGCAGAUCCUGCUCAACCUGCUCUCCAACGCCAUCAAGUUCACCGACAGGGGAGAGGUGGAGGUGCAAGUAUACCUGCAGAGCAAGCCACACCUGCCCUCAGCACUGCCACCAGUCGAAGCUCCUUCUGCUCCGUCUGCUCCAGCUACCCACUGCUCUGCUGCUACUCAUACUGUCGCUGCUACUCACAACCUCGUUGGUACUCACAACCCUGCUGCUGCAAGCCUGGUUGAGCCUCAUUCAGAGAAGGGAGAGUCAAAUAGCACAUACGCACUCGAAGCGAGUUCCAUAGAAGCACAUUCAGUAGAAGCGCAUUCACCAGAUACGCAGCUGCUGAACAACGAAUCUGGGCCGUCCAAAGCUGAGCCUGGGACCACUACUGGCCCUCCUCCUCCCGGCGCCGCCACCGCCGCCGCUGCUGCUGCUUGCUCUGAAGGAGCAGCGGGGGCAGAGGGCGAGCGAGCAGAGCGUGCACAAGUGGAGGCACAAGAGGAGGCAGCAGUGCUAGCAGCAGCGCCGCACACCCCACCACUGCACCCUCCGCUCCCAGGGCUGAUUCCUGAGCCGCCUCCGAAACCGUUUGCAGUGCCGCACACACCGCCACUGCAUCCCCCGCUUCCUGGGUCGUCCCUGUCAUUCCCUGCAGCAGCAGCACAGAUCCGCACGUGCCACUCUGCCACGCACCUGAGCGCUCUGGCCGAGGGUGUGAGCGAGGGCCCUUAUCAGGCAGGUGAAAGGGUCUGUGAGGGGAAGCAAGGGGUGGUUUGUGAGCCGACUCAGAAGUCAUGCCGGGCGGGUGAAGGGGGCUUUAAGGGAUUGCAGACGGGUGUGCAGCAGGGGUCGGUGGGUAAAGCCCCUCCUGCCAAACGGGCCCGUGUGGGAGGAGGAGCCGGCAAAGAGAGUGGGGUGCGUCACGCACGCCAAGCCUCGUGGAAUGCUCCCGGUGCUGUGCUGGCUCGGGCCGAUGCUGCUGCCGACGCUGCCGUGGUGGCUGGGGGUGCUGUGUUGACUGGCUUGGGUGGUGGGACGGGGGUGAGUGAGGGGGAAGAGCUGGGCGGUGGGGCAGAUAGAAUAGUAGGGGGGCGCAUGAUUUAUCCUGAAAAAGCCGUCAGAGUAGGAGCGAGGGAAGCAGGAACAAGGGAAAUAUUAACAGCAGCAGCAGCAGCAGCAGCAUCAGCAGCAAUAGGAGAAGCGAGCAGGGCGGCAACACAAGAGGCAGAGGGGAGAGAGGAUGUGCAAGUGGGGACGAAGCAGAGGGACAUGCAAAGGCAGGAGGAGGGGGGAGAUCCCGCCAGAGCAGCUGCCGCAGGAGCAUGCUCGCUAGCAGGCAGUGCAGGAGGAGCAGCUCCCUUGGAUAGACCUGGACCCGAACAAAACGCCCUGCACUGCUCCCAGCAGCACCCACCGCAGGUGCAGCCGGCUUCAGAAGAGACACCAGGAGAGAGAGGAGCAGUGCAAGAAGAACCCGGAGAGGCGGGUGAAGCGGCGGUGUGGGUGCGGAUAGAUGUGAGAGACACGGGCGUGGGGAUACCAGAGGAUCAGCUGGGGAGGCUGUUCACGCCGUUCCGGCAGGUGGACGACUCGUCGUGCCGCAAGCACGGCGGCACGGGCCUGGGUCUCUCCAUCUGUCGCUCGCUCGCGGCGCUCAUGGGGGGGUGCAUCUCCGUCGCCUCCUCCCCCCGCCACGGCUCCACCUUCUCCCUCUCCCUGCCCUUCACUCCUACGUCUGCUCCCCCUGCUUGCAGCGGGCAAGAGGCAGACCUGAAGGUUGUGGGUAGUGCUUCGCUGCCUGAUGUGGUGGCGAUGCCGUUAAUGCCUGCUGAUGACCCUCUGGUGCAGCAGCAGCAGCGGCAGAAGGAGGAGCGGCAACGGCAGGAGCAGCAGAGGCAAGAGGCGGAGCAGGAGGAGGAGGAAGAGGAGGAGGAGGAAGGAGACUCGGCUGGUAUUUCUGGCGGUGCCGGUGGUGGUGGUGCUGCUGCUGCUUCUGCUGGUGGCAGUGGUUGUCAAGCUGGCAGUGGUGGCAGCAGAGAUGGAGGCCCCUUCUCAGGGCUGCGGUGCCUGGUGGUGGAGGACAACGCGGUGAAUCGCAUGGUGGUGGUGCAGCUGCUGAGGAACCUGCGAGUCUCGUGUGACGUGGCAGAGAACGGCCACAAGGCUGUGGAGGCCUGCCGCUCCACCAACUACCACGUCAUCUUCAUGGACUGCCAGAUGCCAGUGAUGGACGGUUUUGAAGCCACCACACACAUCCGACGGCUGCAGGCCACCCCUCACACCACUGAAUCGGGAGUGGUGGAAGAAGCGAGUCCUGGUGAAGCAGUACAAGCAGGGAGAGACGCACAGGGGGGGUGUGGUGGCCAGGUUUACACAAAGACUUCCCAGCAGCAGCAGUCUGGUUCAAAUGCGCAGCAGCGGUCGGCUAUUUAUGCGUUGACAGCGAGUGUGUUGAAGCAUGAGAGGGACAAGUGUGCGCGUGCAGGGAUGGAUGGGUUUCUGGCCAAGCCGAUACGCAUGAGAGACCUGCAACUGGUGUUGCAAGAGGUGUUGAAAGGACACAUGUAG